AUGAUAAAAAAUACCUUGUUGCUCAUCUCAGGCACUGCCUUCGCAUCUGCCGCCUAUUCAGGUCCUGGGAAUGCAUUUGGAAGCACCAACGAUACUGCCUUUGCAGAUGCCAACCAGAAUCCCAACAUCACGAAAUCGGUCCCAUUCCAAAUGGGUGACAGGAAUUUUACACUUCGUGUCAACGUUGCAGAGUUUACUCCAGACGUCAGCACAAGCGUACAAAAUCCACGGAUUGCGGCCUCUUUCUACGAUCUCGAAUGGUCAGGCGGAGCCGAUCUGAACGAUACUGUCGCCGCCGCGGAGUCUCUCAGUGGAGCGCAAAUGCCUCGUCUUUGUGCCUCGCUUCCUCUCGGCCUAUUAUCAGCAUCAGACAACAACGGUUACAACGAGAAAGACGACGGGGAUUGCACAGGAGCUCUUGGAAAAGAUUGUGUGAAUGAUCUUAUGCAAACGAGUUAUGAUAUCAACAGCCCAUGCAUGGGCAACUUGCCUCAAAGUUGUACUUCGAAACUUGACACUGGAGGUAUUGGCAGUGCUUCAUUACUCGGUUGGAGCUCAUCUCAGAACUCAUCCAUUUCUGCUAUGCAAAUGUCUCCAUUCGACUUCUUCCACUGGUCAUCUCCAGUGUAUUCUGCCGGGAAUGAUACUUAUUACCAGAGGGAAUCUGAGCGCCUCCAUGUCGUUGUUUUCGCUGGAAAGAAUACUUAUCCUGUUUGUGUUCGUGUCAAGACCGAUCACCUAAACAAGCAGAGUCCCGCAACCUCCGGAGCAGCAGGAAGCUUGACAGGAAGUCUGAUGCCCGCGAUGGUAAUGGCUUUGAGCGCUGCAAUUUGGUUGGGUUGA